UGAAUCUGUUGUUCUGCUUCUGCAAUCAUUUCCGUUUGAUUCUCGACCCGUAGUUGUCGUAAUUGUAGUGUUGUUGUUCUCAUUGAAAUAUGCCAGAAAAUGGUGCUGCUGUUGGAGAAGGAGAGCCAGUUUCGCGUGAUGAUAAGGUCAAUGUUGAUCCUGGGACACCUCCAUCUCUGACUUUGAAAAGGAAACUGAACACUAAAGAUUCUGUCCUUGCCGAGUUUGACCUUACCUUAAAAGAGAAAAUCAGUAUGGCUCCUAUAGGUUAUAGGCUAUGGAGGCACCUUCGUGAGGAAAAAUCCAGAGACAGCGAGGUAUUUCUUGAUCCUUUUACAAAGCGCCCGACAUCAUCUUGCCAUGGAGUUCCGCUAGGUGGUAUAGGUGCUGGAAGCAUUGGAAGAAGCUACAAGGGCGAGUUUCAGCGUUGGCAGCUGUUUCCUCGGGUCUGUGAAGAUGAACCUGUCUUGGAAAACCAGUUUUCUGUAUUUGUUUCAAGACCAAAUGGUGAGAGGUUUUCUAGUGUACUGUGCCCGAAGAACCCAGAAAAAUUGAAGGAAACUUCAGCUUCUGGGAUAGGGUCUUGGGACUGGAAUCUUGAUGGGAAAAACUCAACAUACCAUGCAUUAUAUCCAAGGGCUUGGACUGUAUACAAUGGUGAACCUGACCCAGAUCUAAAAAUUGUAUGUCGCCAACUUUCGCCAUUUAUCCCUCACAACUAUAAGGAUAGCAGCUUUCCUGUAGCAGUUUUUACUUACACGUUAUCUAAUUUGGGAAAAACUGAAGCGAAUGUGACCUUACUUUUCAGCUGGGCAAAUUCUGUUGGGGGGGACUCAGGCCUCUCUGGUCACCAUUUUAAUUCAAGAUUUAGGACAGAGGAUAAUGUUAGUGGAGUUAUCUUGCACCAUAUGACUGCGAAUGGUCGGCCCUCACUGAAUUUUGCAAUUGCAGCUGAAGCAACAAAUGGAGUUCAUGUAUCUGAUUGCCCGUGUUUUGUGAUAUCCGGAAACUCACAAGGUAUUACAGCAAGGGACAUGUGGUGUGAAAUCAAAGAGCGUGGAUCGUUUGACCACCUAAAUUCCGAAGACAUGUCAACACCUUCUGAACCUGGUUCACUUAUUGGGGCAGCCGUCGCAGCUUCUUUGACAAUUCCUGCAGGAACUGUACAAAGUGUUACAUUUUCUGUGGCAUGGGCUUGCCCAGAAAUAAACUUUCAGGCAGGAAGAACCUAUCACAGGCGUUAUACUGAAUUCUAUGGCACCCAUGGUAACAUGGCAUCAAGCAUUGCUCAUGAUGCUAUUGUUGAACGUUUUCGUUGGGAGUCAGAAAUUGAAGCGUGGCAAAGACCUAUUCUCGAAGACAAGAGACUUCCUGAAUGGUACCCGCCCACACUUUUCAAUGAACUGUACUAUCUUAACUCAGGGGGAACAAUUUGGACAGAUGGAACUCCACCAAUACAUAGUAUACGUACUGUUGGUGAAAGAAAGUUUUCACUUGACAGAUUAGGCUCAAAUAGCAAUCGUAUAGUCAAUACCACUGAGGGAAAUGACACAGCAAUAGACAUCCUUGAAAGGAUGACAUCAAUACUGCAGGAUGUUCAUACUUCUGCAUCAAUGAGUUCUGCUCUCGGAACAAACUUGCUCCAGAAAGGAGAGGAAAAUGUGGGCCAGUUCCUCUACCUCGAAGGGAUUGAAUAUCACAUGUGUAACACAUAUGAUGUCCACUUUUAUGCAUCAUUUGCAUUAACCAUGUUGUUUCCCAAACUUGAACUCAGCAUACAAAGAGACUUUGCUGCCGCAGUGAUGAUGCAUGAUCCUAGUAGGAUGAUACUUUUACAGGACGGAACAUGUGUCCAGAGAAAAGUUCUUGGUGCCGUUCCUCAUGAUAUUGGAAUGAGAGAUCCAUGGUUUGAAUUAAACUUUUACAACCUUCACAAUACAGAUAGGUGGAAAGACUUGAAUCCGAAGUUUGUGCUCCAAGUUUACCGAGAUGUGGUUGCCACAGGCAAUAAAGAGUUUGCUCGAGCAGUGUGGCCAUCAGUCUAUGUUGCACUGGCUUACAUGGAACAGUUUGACAAGGACGGAGAUGGCAUGAUAGAAAAUGAAGGGUUUCCAGAUCAAACAUACGAUACAUGGUCUGUAACUGGUGUGAGUGCAUACUGUGGGGGUCUAUGGGUGGCAGCUUUGCAGGCUGCUUCAGCAAUUGCACAUGUGGUUGGGGACAAGGGUUCUGAAGACUACUUUUGGUUUCGGUUUGAGAAAGCAAAGAAGGUGUAUGAAAAGUUGUGGAACGGAUCUUAUUUUAAUUAUGAUAACAGCGGCAGCAGUACAAGCUCAUCCAUCCAGGCUGAUCAAUUGGCUGGACAAUGGUAUGCUCGAGCAUGUGGUCUUUUACCCAUUGUUGAUGAAGUAAAGGCAAAAAAAGCUCUUGAGACAGUAUACAACUUCAAUGUAUUGAAGGUGAAAAAUGGACAGGUAGGGGCAGCAAACGGGAUGCUGCCAAAUGGAGAAGCUGAUAUGUGUACAUUGCAGUCGAGAGAAAUAUGGAGUGGGGUUACAUAUGCUGUUGCAGCAGGCAUGAUCCACGAAAAUAUGGUAGAAACGGCAUUCAAAACUGCGGUGGGUGUCCAUGAAGUAGCCUGGGCGGACGAGGGUAAAGGAUAUGCAUUCCAGACGCCCGAGGGUUGGGACUUUGAAGGGCGGUACAGAUCUCUUGGUUACAUGCGGCCUCUAACAAUCUGGGCGAUGCAAUGGGCACUAACGCGACAGAAUAAGUUGCCAUUGCCGGAAUUGAAGGAAGAGAUCAAUGAAGAAGCUGUGGUGAAGCAACAUGAUGGAUUCACCAGAGUGGCUCGUCUGCUCAAGCAGUCCGAGGAACCUGAUUCCAGGAGCCUUUUCCAGGUCGUCUUUGAUUACACGUGCAAAAGGAUGUUGGCCUGAAAAAUGCCACUUCUGAAAGCUCCUUUAUCACUUAUAAACCAUUAUUCUUUUCGAUAAUUUUCACUAUGCAAUUAUAAAGUGAGUAAUUUACAGAUACAGAGCCAUGAAUGUUUUAAUCAAUUCGUUGGGAAAAUCUGAACACAGUAACGAGGAAAGCUUUGUGUUUGUAUUA